AUGAAGGUCUUCUGUGGGCGGGCCAACCCGACCACGGGGUCUGUGGAGUGGCUGGAGGAGGACGAGCACUAUGAUUAUCACCAGGAGAUUGCGAGGUCAUCCUAUGCAGAUAUGCUGCAUGACAAGGACAGAAAUAUAAAAUACUACCAGGGUAUCCGGGCUGCUGUGAGCAGGGUGAAGGAGAGAGGACAGAAGGCCGUAGUUCUUGACAUUGGCACUGGUACAGGACUCCUGUCGAUGAUGGCGGUCACAGCAGGUGCUGACUUUUGCUAUGCCAUUGAGGUGUUCAAGCCUAUGGCUGAAGCUGCUGUGAAGAUAGUGGAGAAAAAUGGCUUCAGUGAUAAGAUUAAGAUUAUCAACAAGCAUUCCACUGAGGUGACUGUAGGGCCAGAUGGUGACAUGCCAUGCCGUGCCAACAUCUUGAUCACAGAACUGUUUGACACAGAGCUGAUCGGGGAGGGGGCAUUGCCCUCCUAUGAGCACGCCCACAGGCAUCUCGUACAGGAAAAUUGUGAGGCAGUGCCUCACAGAGCAACCGUCUAUGCCCAGCUGGUAGAGUCCAAAAGGAUGUGGUCGUGGAACAAGCUGUUUCCCAUCCAUGUUCGGACUGGCCUCCAGGACCACAUCAUCGUCCCUCCUUUGGAGUUGGAGAGGUGUCCUGGUGCACCCUCCGUCUAUGACAUUCAGCUGAACCAGGUGUCACCUGCAGACUUCAUCACACUCAGCGACGUACUCCCUAUGUUUAGUGUGGACUUCAGUAAGCAAGUCAGUAGCUCUGCAGCCUGCCAUAGUCAGCAGUUUGUACCUUUGGCAUCUGGCCGAGCUCAAGUGGUUCUCUCCUGGUGGGACAUUGAAAUGGACCCUGAGGGGAAGAUCAAGUGCACCAUGGCACCCUUCUGGGCACACUCAGAUCCAGAGGGGCUCCAGUGGCGGGACCACUGGAUGCAGUGCGUGUACUUCCUGUCCCGAGAGGAGCCUGUGGCACAGGACUCGGCCAUCUGCCUGGUGGCCCACCACGACGACUAUUGUGUGUGGUUCAGCCUGCAGAGGUCCAGUGGCGAAAACGACAGGGCUGACCUCUGUCAAGUGCGCCCCAUCUGCGACUGUCAGGCUCACCUGCUCUGGAACCGGCCUCGGUUUGGGGAGAUCAACGAUCAAGACAGAACAGAUCAGUAUGUCCAGGCCUUGAAGAUGGUGCUGAAGCCGGACAGUGUCUGUCUCUGCGUCAGCGAUGGCAGCCUGCUCCCUGUGCUGGCCCUGCACCUGGGGGCAGAGCAGGUGUUUACAGUCGAGAGUUCAGCAGCUUCUCAUCAACUGAUGAAGAAAAUUUUCAAGGCUAACAACUUAGAAGAGAAAAUAAAUGUAAUAGAGAAACGACCUGAGUUGUUAACACCUGAAGACUUGGAGGAUAAAAAGGUCUCCCUCUUGCUGGGAGAGCCAUUCUUCACCACGAGCCUGCUGCCAUGGCAUAACUUGUACUUCUGGUACGUCCGGACUGCCGUGGACCAGUACUUGGCACCCGGUGCCGUGGUGAUGCCUCAGGCCGCCUCACUGCAUGCCGUGGUUGUGGAGUUCAAGGACCUGUGGCGGAUCCGCAGCCCCUGUGGCGACUGUGAAGGCUUUGAUGUGCACAUCAUGGAUGACAUGAUCAAGCGGGCACUGGACUUCAGGGAGAGCCGGGAAGCUGAGCCCCAUCCGCUCUGGGAGUACCCCUGCCGUGGCCUCUCCGAACCCCAGCAGAUCCUGACUUUUGACUUUCAGCAGCCAGUGCCCCAGCAGCCUGUCCGGGCUAAGGGCUCCAUGGAGCUGAGGAGGCCUGGCAGGAGCCAUGGGGCUGUGCUGUGGAUGGACUACCACCUGACCCCAGACAGCACUGUCAGCACCGGCCUCUUGAGACUCACGGGAGAAGAGGGGGAUUGUUGCUGGAACCCCCAUUGCAAGCAGGCCGUAUACUUCUUCAGCACCACCCUGGACCCCAGAGUGCCACUGGGCGGCCUGCAGACCGUGGUUACCUAUGCUGUGGAGUUUAAUCCCCACAGUGGAGACAUCACUAUGGACUUCAGACUCUCAGGUGCCCUGUAUGAUGAAUGCUGA